GACGAUAAAAACUUUGCAAAUAAAUUCGUGAUGAAAAAACCGGCCCACCACAAGGCCCGCGCAUCCCCUUCCGCUGAUUCUCCCCUUCCAUCCGCUGCAUUCCUCCCACAUUCCACCGCACCCACACGUUUCUUUACCCUAACCCCGACAGCCGCCGCCGUUUCUUCAUCUUCCUCGCAGCGCCGGCGCUCCAUCUUCCGCUCCCUCCCCGACUCGCGAUCGGCACGCAGGCGACGUCGGGGCAGUCUCGGACUCGGCGGCGGCGUCAGCGGCUCCCCCUCCCGCCCUCGCCAGUCGCUUCCGGUCCUCCGCACACCAACCGGCGACUCUGCGUGCGCGCCUCCUGCUUCCGGUGGACCGUCGACGGCGCCCGGGCCCCGGUGGCCGGCGGGCAGCGAGAGCCAGCAGCCUGGCAGUUUUCCUCAUUGGAAAGGAAGGACAAUCAGAGCCAAGAGUUUCUUCAUAAACCUGAAUAAAAGGACAUGCGAUUACGGAAUACAGACAGGGCACCGCGUAGCUCAGGUCGUCGCAAUAAUGUUCUUUCAUGGAUCUCUGAAGUUAAAGACACAUCUAAUGUGGGCGUAAGAAAGAAAAGGGGGAGAAGAGCACCUCCAUCUGCUAAAAGAUUGCGUGAUAAAAGGGUGGAUAAGGCGAUUGAAAGUGAUGGUGCUGUUGACAGUGACAGCGAUGAUACAGAUGGACAGGUUGACAAGAAUCAGCCUAGUGCACACAUUGAGGAACAUGUUGAUGGGAGAACUGGUGAUGACUUAGCAACAGCAGGCCACUCAGGCAAUUCUUCCAAUGGUCCAUCCUCAGCUUCAGAAGAACAGGACCAUUCAACAAACUCUAAAGACAAGCUCCAAAAAGCUAGCUCUCAAAACACAAAGAAGGUUUUUGGAAACUCAACAAACGGCAAGCAAGGUGCAUCUAAUUUGGAACAGGAAUGUGCAAAUGAAGAUGGGUCUCAUGUGCUAGUUGCUGCUGUGUACAAGGAUAUUGAUAAUGAAAGAAGCUCUCAAAAGAUUAGGGAUGAUCAGGUAUCAGAUGCACAACUGGAUACAGCUUCAUCUGAUGACAAAAGUUCAGAAGAAGUCGAAGACGUGAAGGUUUGUGACAUUUGUGGAGAUGUUGGUGAGGAGGAGAAGCUCGCUGUCUGUAGCAGAUGCAAUGACGGCGCAGAGCACACGUAUUGCAUGCGGGUAAUGAUGGAAGAGGUUCCAGAUAGUGAGUGGUUGUGUGAAGACUGCCAAACUGCUGUAGAAUCUGAAAAUGAGAAUAGACUACAAAAGUCUCAGGUGAAGGCUGGCACUUCAAAAGAGCUUUCCUUAGAAGGGGAGAUUAACAAACCUGCCAUUGCUGCAAAGGGAAGAAGUUCAUCUGACUGUGAAUUGAAGGCUGGGAAUAUAGAAAACAAAGAGUCAAAUACCACAAAUGAGAGGAAUGGCACAGUCAAAACCAGGACGGAAGAAGAUGCUGUGACGACAUCCUCAACUAGAGAUAUUUUUUCUGAAACUGGUGGCUUGUACAUGGGGGCUGACUCUAGAAAGAGAAUGGAACCAUCACACGAGACAUUCGUGUCUGAUGCUGACAAAGGAAAGCAACCUAGCCAUCAAGUAUCAACUUCAUUGGUGGUUAAUGCUCUGAAGAAUCAGGCACCACAGUCUCGUGGUCAACUUUCCAAAUCCACUUCUUUCAAUAACUCAAAGGUCCCCAAAGUGAAACAGCUAUUGAAUGAAGUUCCUCAGAAGCCAAAAUUUUUGAAGGAAUCUUGGUCCUCUAUUAUCAAUAAAAAGGAAGGACCAAUCAGCAUGACUACUAAGUCAGCGACCUUCAAAAAGCCUAAGCCUUGUGAGCCAACAAACAAGGCAAAGUCUUCCGUCUUGUCACCUGUCGAGGAGCCAAGGGUGCCGAAUCAGUUGGCGAGCCACAAUGUAACAAAUGGUCAGUGUUCUAUAUUGGGGCCUCCCUCUGCCACAUCAUCAAUGGUUGCUCCUGUUCUAAGAACUGAUAGCACAACUCAGCUGCUCUCUACAAGAAAUAACACAGUUGACUCAAAUAAUUUAGGUUCUGUUCAUCUACAAGGAAACAGUGAGCUAAAGAAGCCUCGUUUAGCAAAAGUGCCGGGAAGUAUGAUGCUAUCUAAUGCUGAAAGAUCCGCAGGUGGGAUUCUUGGUUCCGGUGCUCAUCGAGAAGUGAUUCAAAAUUCAGACCCUUCACAUAGGGAUGCUAAAAUAAAGGACCAAACUGGCUUCAGACAGGGUGCUUCUAGCAGCAAUCGGACAAUCCGUUGCCAAAGAUGUAAUGAAUAUGGCCAUUCUACACAUUUUUGCGAAGUUGAAAAACUUCGUUUGUCUUCAGGAAAACCUUUGAGUGAGCGAAACUUGAAGGAUGCAUCUGCCAAAAGAAAUAAGACAUCCGAAGUUAGUACAUUGGCUUCUAGUGAAAAAACUCCUUCCAGAGAACCAGAGCAUGUCGUAAAGUGUGCUAUUAAUCAGAAUCUGAUAAAUGGGCCUAAUGAUGGUAUACCUGCCCCAUUCAGCCAUGUAAAGAAGCACUCAUUAUCACCUCGAGCUAAUGUGUCCAUCCCUGGGAGCGGAGUAGAUUGUAGCAAGCCUAAGUUCAAAAAUAAUGAUCCAUCUCUAUCUGGCACAGCAGGAAUCUUUGUUCAUAAUGGUCGCAUUAUGCCAAAUGAUCAUAGGGAUGAACCUGCUCAAGGGUUUUCAGCUGGUGAUGAACCAACGUCUUCAACUGUCCCUGAGCUGGGCUGGAUAUGGCAAGGUGGUUUUGAGCUGCAGAGGACUGGAAGUUCACCGGAGCUGUGUGAUGGUUUCCAAGCCCAUUUAUCAUGUUCUGCUUCACAGUUAGUGCUGGACGCAGUUAAGAAAUUCCCUUCUAAAGUCCAGCUUGAGGAAGUUCCUCGGAAGAAUUCAUGGCCAACACAGUUUCAGAAAAACGGUCCAACUUAUGACAACAUAGGUCUUUUUUUCUUUGCUAGAGAUGUUCAAAGCUAUGAAAAUCACUACAGUAAAUUAGUUGAGAAUAUGCUGAAGAAUGAUUUAGUUCUCAGAGGAAGUGUUGGUACUGUUGAGUUGCUUAUAUUCCCUUCCAAUAUCCUAUCAAAGAACUUCCAAAGGUGGAAUAUGUUGUACUUUCUAUGGGGUCUAUUCAGAGUUAGCAAAAAAGAUUCCUCUAACCUCCCAUCUUAUCUAUCCACAAGUAGAGUAGAACGAAAUUUUAAUGAUGAUCUCCAGGCCAUGGAUUGGAUGCCAUCUACCCAUUCAUUCUCACAGAACAGGAGUGAUUUAGCUGAACCGGACCCUGAUUUGUUAAAGUCAACUAAUUUUGAACCGAGUUUGGAAGCCAGUCGUGAGGUGUGUUUGGAUGGAGAGAACUCUUUGAAUCAACUUGUACGCAGAAGAGCUCUAGAUGAUCACCUAGAUUCAGAUGCAAAAGCAUGUUCAACGAUUAGCAAUGGUGCCAUGGGUUCCUCUGCCAUGUCUAUGCAAAGAAAACAUCAGAAACCUGAUUAUCCAGAACAUCAAGAUAAAAAGAGGGACACUUUUGGUGGUAAUGUUAGUGAAAGAGAUUUCGAUGUGAACACGGUGCCAGUUACUUGUUCUGUCUCCUUAACUCACCUUCAGGAAGAACCUGGUAAGCUGAGCACAGCCAUCGACCUCAUGGAUAUAGACCAUGGGGUUAGCGCAGGUGCACUGGAUCGUUCACAUGCAUCAGGUGGUGCAGGUAAAAGAAGUUUUGAGACGGCCGAAGUAGCUGCUGAAGUACCCGAGCAUAAGAAAACUAAGCUGGAUAAUAAUGUUGUGCCUAUAAGCUCUGGUCCACGCGAGAAUGCCUGUACGAAUGAUGGCAAUAGCGAUAAACUGAUGCCUGGAAGCUCAAGCAGUGAUGGCAAGCGCGUGUUUCCACUUGAUCUAAAUGCAGUGGGGGAUGAGGACAUCGUAAAUAUUCCAGCCUUCAGGUGAUGAAGAGUUCGCUGUUCCAUGACAAACCAACCGUGGUGGUUUGGUUCAGAAUGAGAGAUGUGCAUUGUAAAUCGCAUGUGCAGUUUUUGACCUAAUGUUUUCAGACAACACUUACAGAUGUGAUGUUCCCCUCUUUGGCAGUGAAUAAUUCUGCUCCAGAAUAUGCUUACAGAUGUGAUCUCAUCUGCCAGA